AUGGCAGUUGGUAAGGUGACCUUCACCAAGGCAGAGAGAGAGAAGCUAGCUGAGGUCCUCUGGCUGCUCAACUGGAUCUCUGUAGUGGCAGGAAUGAUCCUCUUUGGUCUGGGUUUAUUCCUCAAAAUUGAGAUUCAGAAAUGGCAGGAAGUGAUGUCAGACCAGGAAAUCCUCUAUGCGCCUCAUAUUCUGAUCACCAUGGGCCUGGCAGCCUGCGGCAUCAACUUCUUGGGUGGAAAAAUCUGCCUAGACUGUGCUGACACCAACAAGUUCCUGCACUGGAAGCUGGUGAUGAUGCCAUACAUUAUUUGCACCUUCUUCUUCACCUCCUGUGUCCUGGCGGGGGCACUCAUGUGCUACAGCAUCCGCAGCCAGCUGGAGGAGUCACUGUUCCUGGGCCUGAGGAACGCCAUGCGGUACUACAAAGACACAGACACUCCAGGGCGCUGCUACCUGAAGAGAACUCUGGACCUGCUGCAGAUCCAGUUCCACUGCUGUGGAAACACGGGAUACCGGGACUGGUUCCAGGUCCAGUGGAUCAGCGACCGCUACCUGGACAUGACCAGCAGUGCUGUGGUGGAUCGUCUGAGGAGUAACGUGCAGGGGAAGUACCUGGUGGACAGCGUUCCCUUCAGCUGCUGCAGCACCCUCUCCCCUCGGCCCUGCAUCCAGCAGCAGAUCAGCAACAGCUCGGCCCACUUCAGCUUCGACCAGCAGAGCCAGCAGCUGAACCUGUGGAAGAGAGGCUGCCGACAGACCCUGCUGGACCACUACACCAGCAUCAUGCAGUCUGUCGGACUCAUCGUGCUCCUCAUCUGGCUGUUUGAGCUGCUGGUCCUGACGGGGGUCCGUUACCUGCAGACGGCCAUGGAGAAUGUCCUCCGGCUUGGCGAUCCAGACUCGGAGUCAGAUGGCUGGAUUCUGGAGAACAGCCUGGCAGAAACAGCCCACUCCAACUUUAACAUCAUCAAGAAUCUGGGAAAGUGUUACCAAGUUGACGAUGACCUGAACAUCAACAUCCCAGCUGCCACAGCCCAGCAGGAGGUGCCAUCCCAACAGAACCAGAUCCCUGCGGCCAGCUAGCAUCCAGUGAGAGG